UCUCCGUCCUUUGGUUGGCGUGCAACGGGUGAGUGGAUUCCCGGGAUGCACGCACCGUGUGGGGGGCUCGCAGACUGGAGCCUGCAUUUUUACUUAAAAAUAGAGGCUGGGGGGGCUGAGCAUCAGGUCGCGCCGCACAGCGCAGGUGCCGCAGCAGGGCACACAGAGCAGGCAUCCCUUCACUCUGCACACGGAGCAGCAGCAGAGGCGGCACGGGAAGAUAUUCGGCGCGGAAACAUGGCGCUGGGGACGGCGACAGUCGGGUUUCUGCUGCGGUUGUUCUCUGUCCUCGUUGUUGCGGAGGCGUUCGUCACCACUCCAAGAUUCUCGACAACACCAGAAGCCGCGACCACUCGCAGGGGCGGCUGCGCUAGCAGAAGCGGUGCCGCAUCCAGCACGAGAAGAGCGGACGUUUCGAUGGCAGCAGGAGAGCCCGUUCCCGGAAAGUCGAUGCUUCGGUCGCGCGCGGUGGGCAUUGGGUCCAGCGCCCCGGACACGGUGCUCCCCAACACUGACCUAGAGGAGCUGGUGGAGACGUCGGACGAGUGGAUCGCUACAAGGACGGGAAUUCGGAAGCGCCACCUCCUGAAGGCGGGGGAAGGGGUUACGGAUCUGGCCAUCUCCGCCUCAAACAAGGCCCUGGAGCUAGCCGAAGUGGACGGCGCGGACAUCGAUCUGGUGGUGAUGGCGACAUCUUCCCCAGACGACAUGUUCGGCGACGCCUGCGUAGUUGCGAACUCCGUGGGCGCCAAGAGUGCGGUGGCUUUCGACCUGACGGCUGCGUGCUCCGGGUUCCUGUUCGCCCUCGUCACGGCCUCGCAGUUUCUCCACUCCGGCACAUACAAGAAGUGCUUGGUAAUCGGCGCGGAUGCCUUGUCGCGGUGGGUCGACUGGGACGACCGCAACUCUUGCAUCCUUUUUGGUGAUGGUGCUGGCGCCAUGGUCCUGGAAGCGGCAGAGGGGGAUGACUCAGCGGGUCUCUUGGGGUUCUCGCUCCACAGCGACGGGAGGGGGCACAAGUCUCUGACGCUGGGGUACGAUGGCGAGGAGAGGAAGCUCGGAGAUAAGUACGCCGUCACCAAGGGGAGGUACGGCUCGCUUGGCAUGGAAGGGCGAGAGGUGUACAAGUUCGCCACAAGGGAGGUGCCAAGAGUUUUGACAGAAGCUCUGGAUAAUGCGGGGAUGGGAGUGGAAGACGUCGACUGGCUGUUGCUUCACCAGGCCAACAUCCGCAUCAUGGAGACAGUUGCAUCAAGGCUGGGCCUUCCGAUGGACAAGGUUAUCACAAACCUGGCGGAGUAUGGAAACACCUCGGCGGGGUCGAUACCGCUAGCGUUGGACGAAGCUGUCCGGUCUGGCAAGGUUAAAUCUGGCGACGUGAUCGCGUGCGCAGGAUUUGGUGCCGGCCUCAGCUGGGGAGCGGCGGUAAUUCGGUGGUCCGGCUGACGCGCUGCAUCAAUCUGGUCCACCACGGCCAUUGUCUAGACUAUUAUAGCAUCUAGUUGAGUGAUCUGCAGUGGCGAAGCGGGAGUUAGAUCUUGCCCGGUGAUGGCGGUACAAUAGUAUAGCUGAUAGCUGGCGAUUCGUGGCAACGGCGCGGUGUUUAGUUGCUUUUGGCGAUGAGGGUCGAAUAGAAGGAAGGCUGUUUGUUUGCUUAGUAGUACGGGUGUACACGAGGGAGGGGGGGCUGUUUUUUUUUGUUCUUCCUGGCGUUGGUGUGCUAAGGUGUUGCUGCGGAACCGUCCGGAGAGCAGUCCGCUGGUACUCGCUUGCCUGCCCUCUCGAAUCGCUUUGUUUUUUUGUGAGGAGCGAGGGGGGCAAUGUUAGAGAGAGGGGCGCGAGGACUCACACUACACCUACACCAACAGAGCGGAUGGAUGGGCGUGUUUUUGCCUCAUGGUCCUGCUUGGCAUGAGACUAGCACUGUGUAUUUCACGUCGUGCUUGCCACCCAAAAUCCCGUUGGCUGAGGAAUGGCGGCAAGGGCACUGUCACUGCAGCGGCGAUCCCCUCUCCAUCCCUUUGUUGCUGCAAAGCUAAGAGAUUUACUCACGUACUUGGUUGUUCGAUGAUUGUCGUCGUUUGGCUUGCUGGGCAUCCUUUGGGGGACGCCGGGCAUGCAGUGCCAGGCACGUUAAUGUUAUUUGAUAUUUGCGAAUGCUUCGGCGGAUUUAGUUGAGUCUUAGAUACAAAUGUAUGCCUUCCCAAGGUGCAAGAUGGCGGCGGGCUGUCUAUGUUCCUGGCGUGUAUUUUUUUCCGUCAUAAGUUUCUGUCGGGCGGGCAGGGGUCGAAAGCGUUGUCGGAGUCUCCCAACAGAAACAAAUGCGCUUGGUUGGGGUCUGCUUCGUGUACGUUGAGGUACGCCAGCACGUAGCCUGCGAUAUGCAAAGUGCGGGGAAUGGUCCUUCGAGAGGGGCGUCGUUGUGGUGUACUGCCUCAAGGGUUGUUCGACUUUUUAAGAAAAAAGAAAGUUGACGAAUGGUAGUAUUUGUUCUUUGUCCUGCUGUGUGGCGACACUCUCGCUAGGCCGCGACGGGUGCAUCCAUGCAUCAUGCCGAAAGGUUCAAUACACAUGUCCAUAUAGGC